AUAUAUAUAUGUGUGUACAUAUAUGUCCGAACAUAAAAAAGAAACAGGAAAUCUACUUUAAACAAACUAGUAAACACAGAACAAUUAUAUGUUAAAGUCGCCAUUGCGCCAUGUUUUUAAAUCAUAACCUUACGAGUGAUGUUUCAUUAAGGAACUUGAUUUUAGGUUUUAAUGGAAGCUCCAGCAGUGCCACAGCCAACAUUAACAGUAGCAACGACAGCCACAACAGCAGCAACAGCAGCAACAGCAACAACAGCCACAGCAACCUUUUCCUGAACGGUGACAACUUCAGUGGUGACCAGUUCUGGCAUGACGAUCCGUCUCUGAUGCCUUUGCGAAUCGGUUUCACAGCUUUCGCCGUGUUCUGCAUUUUCGUUGCUAGUCUAGCUGGAAACCUCUUCGUCUGUCUGGUAUUCUACAAGCGGCCGUCUCUACUGACCAUUUCCAACCGGUUCAUUCUCAACCUGACCUGCUGCAACAUACUGAACACGAUGUUCGUCAUGCCGUUUGUCUUCGUCACGACCAUCACCCAAGAAUGGGUCUUCAAAGGUAUUUGGUGCCAGUCGACCGGCUUUCUCAUGAACCUUAUCUUCGCCGCCAGCACCCUAACGCUGGUCGUCAUUUCCAUCGAUCGCUAUUGCGCCGUCAUUAGCCCCCUUCAUUACAACAUGAGGAUCACAACGCAACGAGCCACAAUGAUGAUUAUCGGUGUGUGGUUAUUGGCCAUAGUGGCCUCGUUACCCCCCUUGGUCGGCUGGAACCAUUUCGAGUACCAACCUGAAAAAUACUCCUGCACAGUUCUCUGGCGCAGCCCCCAUUACUCAGAUCGGACUUACACGCUGUUUUUGUCGCUGAUAUGUUUUGUAACGCCCCUCAUGGUCAUGCUAUGGGUGUACGUGGUUAUCUUUCGUGCGGCAAAGGACAAUAGUGAACGAGCGCGACGCAACAGCGUCAUACCUACGAACGGAGAAGAACAGUCACAGACUCCGUUAAGGUGUAGUAGGCGGCGAAGCAGCACGGCGCCAAUAAUUCUCAGCCGCAAACUGAGCACAUCGAGCCGGACUAGUUCGUUACUCUGGCACCGUGAUGAGUGGAAGGCAGCCAUUACGAGCAUGUUGGUCGUUUCAACGUUCGUCGUGUGUUGGCUUCCAUAUUUCGUCAUCAUAGUACUGGAAUCUUCAGUGUUGCUCAAGUCCGAGGACAUUCACCCUUUCUUGCAAGGUGCUGCGAUAUUCUUGGCGCUGUCUAGCUGCGCUUUCAACCCGCUCGUAUACGUUUUCCGUAGCAAAGUCGCCCGACAAGAACUCGUGUCCAUCUUACAUCCGAGACGAAGUCAUCCUGCGCUGACGAGAGGCAAUUCAAACGGAGCUGAAACCGGUGCGGCGCUUCCAAAACGAGGCCCUGAUACCGGUCAGAAGGACGCUCCGCCACCAAAUAUUUCUGAGCUGUGCCAACCGCAAUUAGCUCAGCUCACAGAAACAACAUUAUCAUCAACAGAGACAACAAACAACCCAAAUUCAGCAUUAUGAGAAAGACAAUUUCUAUUUGUUAUUGGACCUUAUAUUUAUUAUUUAUUUAUAUGUAUAUAUGGCUAUAUAUAUUUUCUUCUAUUUCUUCUUCUUCUUCUUCUUCUUCCACAGUUGGCAUGGACAUAUAAC